AUGGUCCAAAUCGGUUGUUUUCAAGUGAAAAAAUUAAAAAAAUUAAAAUUAAAAAAACUAUGGCCAUUUCGACGAACCAAGCCUGGAACGGCUCCUGAAACAAUUACAAUAAUGGCUCAACCAACUUCCACUGAUCCAUUCAGAAUCUUUAACCAUAACACACAAAGUAACUCACAAGCUAAUAGUGACACACCAACUCCUAAUAUCACACAGAUACCAGUGCCAACAGUAACAGUUAAUCCGCUGCCAACAGUAACAGUUAAUCCGCCGCCAACAGUAGUACCGUAUAAUAUCACACCGCCCACAUCAGUUUCUCCACGCCUCACCACAAAACUUGAUUUACUUUCACCAACAGAUCAUGACUACGAAACAAUCUACACUAAAUUCAUGUCGCAUAUUCCAGCGGCAACUGUGAAGGGAAUCUUUCGUCUCGCAAUGCCCGACUCCAUCGUAAAUCGGCACGAAUUAAUGAAGAAAACGAUUCCAGUUCCAAGACAAACAUUUCACGGGACUAAACACCAAUGUGAUCCUAAUCGUUAUAUCACUAGCAAAGGAGAAGCGAAACCUUGUAGCAAUAAUCGUUGUGGAUUAUGCGGAAUUAUCAAAGACGGAAAUCGGUGUGAUAGAUCGAAUAAUAGUAUUUGGUCAGCCACACACGCCAGCACAUCCUUAUAUUACACACUUGUCGGCGCACCAAUACGAGUGAUGUUCGUACUUGACAUUCUCACACUUCUUCCAGAGAAUAAUGCCACUCCACAUGUUAUUCAAGAUGCGGCUACCAUACCGCGGUUCUUGAUAUUGUUUCAACAUGCAUGA